CCCUGCUGUCUCCAGGUCCUUAGUCUCCCUUGUACUGCGCUGGAUGGGAGAGCCGGCCGGCGGCCUCAUGUUUGGCUUUUACCUCUGACCCUGUGCAGUUCCCUGGAAGGUGGACACGGAGGGAUGUCUCAGACUAACGCCGUGGACAAGAUGGAUAAGACCAUCAAGGUAUUCCCCCUUGAUAAAGAUACAGAAGGGAAACAUUUACGGAACGACAGACUGCAGGAAACGUCCAUAUUGGAAGACUACCAAAUUAAUUGGUCUCAGAAGCUUGGUGCUGGUAUCAGUGGUCCUGUAAGAGUCUGUAUGAAAAAGACAACGCAAGAACGUUUUGCAUUGAAAGUUCUUCUUGAUCGUCCAAAAGCAAGAAAUGAAGUUCGACUACACAUGUUGUGUUCUGCACAUUCGAACAUUGUGCAAAUUGCAGAGGUUUAUGCAAAUAGUGUGCAGUUCCCCCAUGAAUCUACCCCCAGGGCACGGCUGCUAAUUGUUAUGGAGAUGAUGGAGGGGGGCGAGCUGUUUCACAGAAUCAGCCAGCACCGGCACUUCACUGAGAAGCAAGCCAGCCAAGUAACAAAGCAGAUCGCCUUGGCCUUACAACAUUGUCACUCACUAAAUAUUGCACACAGAGAUCUCAAGCCAGAGAACCUGCUGUUUAAGGAUAACUCAUUGGAUGCACCAGUUAAAUUAUGUGACUUUGGCUUUGCCAAAAUAGAUCAAGGUGACCUAAUGACACCACAGUUUACUCCAUACUAUGUAGCUCCUCAGGUUUUGGAAGCACAGAGAAGACACCAAAAAGAAAAAUCUGGAAUUAUUCCUACCUCACCGACUCCAUACACUUACAACAAGAGCUGUGACUUGUGGUCGCUGGGUGUAAUUAUCUACGUGAUGCUCUGUGGUUAUCCACCUUUUUACUCUAAGCACCACAGCCGAACAAUCCCAAAAGAUAUGCGGAAGAAAAUCAUGACCGGAAGCUUUGAGUUUCCAGAGGAAGAAUGGAGCCAGAUCUCUGAAAUGGCAAAAGACAUUGUCAGGAAACUGUUGAAGGUGAAGCCAGAGGAGCGACUCACUAUUGAAGGAGUUCUAGAACACCCUUGGCUGAACUCUACCGAAGCUCUGGAUAAUAUCUUACCAUCUGCACAGAUGAUGAUGGACAAGGCAGUGGUUGCUGGGAUUCAACAGGCCCAUGCGGAACAGCUUGCCAACAUGAGAAUACAAGAUCUUAAAGUCAACCUGAAACCAUUGAACGUGGUCAACAAUCCCAUUCUGCGCAAGAGGAAAUUACUAGGUACAAAGCCGAGGGAUAGUGUUUACAUCCAGGAUCCUGAGAACGGUACUGACGACGCUAAUAUCGCUUUGGAAAAGCUUCGAGAUGUGAUUGCACAGUGUAUACUACCGCAGGCCGAAGAAAAUGAAGAUGAGAAGUUAAAUGAGGUAAUGCUUGAAGCGUGGGAAUUUAAUAAAGACUGCAAAUUAUUGAGAGACGUGCUUCAAAGUUUCAGCUGGAAUGGUCGAGGAUUUACUGACAAAGUUGAUCGCCUCAAACUUGCAGAAAUUGUAAAGCAAAUUAUUGAAGAACAAACAAACUCUCAAGAGGACUCUCAGUAGCUAGAGUGGUUUGCAGCUGCCCCCACUUUUUUUUUUUUUUAUUAUUCUUUUUUUUUUUUUUUUUAAUCUUUUAAGAUAAACUUAUAUGUUCUUAAGUGUAAAAUAUUUUAUGUAAAUUAGCACUGAAUUUCAACACUGAUUGAACAUACAAUACAAUUGUUGAUAUAAGUUCAAAAAAAGGAAAAAAAAUAGAUCAUUGGUACUGUAAUUUUAUUUAAAAACUGAUUUGAAGAAUUUAAUAUUAUUAUUUUUUUUUUAAUUCACACUACUGUACUGUUGGCAUGUACAAGCCUGGCAGGGAAUGCACCAUAGCAUAUGGUUUUGUAGAGGCCUAAAAUGUGGGGUGUCUCUCUCUUUUGCUCUUACAUAGCCUGGAGACUGUGUUACACAUAUCGGCAAAUGUAAGGAAGCUGCUUUACACAUAUCUGCAGAUAUUAGCAGGCUAUUUGAUGCUUUCACUGGCCAUUGGGGCCUGUGAUGCAUUGCUGGGCACCUGCUGCAGGCUCUGCUGACUGUCAAAAAAAAAAAAUUAAUAUACUUGAAAAUAGGCUAUGUAGAAUGUAACUGAUUGGUUACACUGGCAACCAUUUCCUCAGGAAUAUUUGGAAAGAGCACACGCCUUUGAUCUUGUUCACCAGCUGCUCUGAUUAUGUGCCAGUAUAAUUCUGAAGGAAAUAAGACUCUGACUAUUAUUAAUUUAAAAACCCAUCUUUUAACUUUUUUUGUGUUUUAUUUUUUUUUUAUUAUUAUUAUUAUAAUAUAACCAGUGUUAUAAAGAUCUUUACCAACCUAGUACUUGGAAUUAAGGCAAUUUUUAAACCAGAAAAUGUCGCUGUUUACUACUUGCGGCUGAAGACACAUCUACAGCAAUGCAUUGCAGGCCUGUUUGUAAUGUUACUUUAUUUUUAAAAAUCAUUUCCUUCUUACUUUCUGCUGCAAAAUCUGAGCUUUAAUAUUUUUUUUUUUUUUAUGCAUUCUAGUUUUCUAUUAUCUUUCUUUUACUCUAAACAUGCAUACGUGGUGUGGGUUAGUGUGCCUGAACAAGCAGUUGCAUACUGCAGACUAAAGUGCCAAUUUUCUACGAACUAUUAUAAAGUCUUGUCAGUAUGUUAUGAUUUCAUUACACGUGAUGCAGUAGUUCAGGAUGCCCUGCUUUUUGCAUAGCUGUUUUUCUGCAAGGUGUGAUGUCUGUCAUUCAGUAAACCCCUUGGUGCGGAAAGGUAUGAGUGAACUCACAUUGCAGCUGUAACUCUGCUCCAGCGUUUCAGUAAGUAAUUCCUUGUUUGCCAAUAUAUCAGGCUCCUCUUGCAAAGGAAGAGUUAAUAUCUGCUGCUUCAACAUAUCGCUGCUAAAUCAUCUUUAAAACUGUGAACUGUAUGGUCGUGUACAGAGUGCAGGGAUUUAGUAAUUUGCUGGAGUGUUCUCACUCUAAAACAUAAGAGGAGAUUUAUAAAAUGUGACUGUGGAUCAAGGUGCAGAGCAGUUGCUACGGAGUCUGUUAACUACCCUGUUUUCAGAAAUGUCGCCCACAAUGCAACGAUUUUUGUGUUUAUACUUGUUUUAUGUAUGUAUCUCUACCGUAAUGUUGGAUGAAUUCCUUUUAGAGGUUUGCAAUGGAUUACAGUGGUUGUUUGCUCUGUAAUUUCUUGUUUUGCCACUAGAUGAGGCUAUACUUGCUUAGCUGAUCCCUGCAGUCAUGGUGGCCUGCUCAUACUGUACACAAUGACGGCUAUAAUGUAUUUGAAAAUAAGCAAAAACAGAUGAGAUUAAGGUCAAUCAGGACUUUAAGUUACAAUUCUUUAAACAUUUUGCUAACUUAAUUUGUGCCAAAUAACUUGAGUACCUAGUUCAGUGCGCUAGGCAUUAAACAAUAACCAAAUAAAAGUGUACAUCGAAACCGCAGCGAACCAGCAGAGCUGAUGCACGGAAUCUGUUUUUCAAUCUGUCAUUUCAUCAUCAUUAUGUAACGACUGGUUUUUGGAAUGCAAAAUACUGAUUAAGGUACAGCGCACACAAAAAUACAGUUGUUUUUGUUUUUGUUUUUUUCCUCUCUAUGGUUUUGAAGUUCAGACAUAGCUCUGUUUUUUGUUUUUUUUUUGUUUUCAUUAAUUGAAGAGGAAAAUGCUUAAUGAAAUGAAGUGAGUUAUAAUGAACCAUCGAAUGUACGAUUUGCUGGUCAAUCGAGCUCAGAGUCUAGCUCAGUAUAGUUGACCUAUGAGGAGCAUCUGGCUCUAUGCCACGGAAGGAGAAAAGCUAGUGUGUGGCACCCAAUGGACCACAUGUAAGAAGUCAAACUGCUGCCAAACCGUUUGAUUACUUACAUAGAGGUACUCAAGUACACUUAUGGCCACCAUAACUACUACAUCACAUUCUAUUGAAUUGUUCUGUUGUCACACGUAAUGAACCUGGAAUAGAAAUGCUGCAAACUCCUUGGUAGCUGUGGACUUAUGUGCUCAACAGUCACAAUUUGACAUUGGGUUUUCUGCAAGCUAGUAAAGGACUUGGAUAUAGUUUUUAACCCUGGUGCUCACAGCGUUUGACUUUGUAUUAUGUUGCUGCCUGACUACAAAUAUCACUCCUAGCAGUGACACAGAGCUGUGAUUGGUUAAAUCAAGGCUUAAGGAAGACUAGUAAGGCAAGUUGUGCUAAUGUAUAGAAUAUCACCAGCACUCCAUGUUAAUGCUGCACAUAUAUGACAAAUGCUCACAGCAGGGCUUUAUUAGUUGUGGCUUGGUCCCAGUACAGCAUUGCCGACUUAUAAGAAGCCAGGUUUCAUAGGGAGUGUCCACACCUGAUAUGUAGAUUACAUCCGUACAUUAAUGAUCAGAUAUAAAAUGCUGCCUUUAUUUCACUUAAAGACUCACAGGGCUAGGCUAGAAGGCCUGCAUACUGGGCAUCCUAGCCAUGCAUAUCGUGCAUGUUUGUUUGCUUUUGUUUGUAUAUUUGUAAUGUGUAAUUUCAGUUACAAUUUUCACAUUCACAUAGAAAGCUGUUUGUAUAGUAAAAGAGAUGUUUCAAUGCUGGUUGUUUUUUGAACCGCUUUCAAUAUCCGAUAAACAAUACAUCAUCCAUUAGAUGACAUGAGAUACCUCUUUACAAAAUGUGUUAAAAACAAAAUAGGUACAGAGUGCACCAGCACACCAGAACAUGCACAUUUCUUAAUAGUAUUCAUUGUCAAAAUGUGUUUUGUUUUUGCGUUGUCUAGUUUUCUUUAUUUGUUGAAAUAUUCUAAACAGGUGAUAUCUGCCUCUGCUUUGCAGGCCUUUACCAGUACAUAGGAAGUACAUGUUUUUAGUUUGAAUUACUGCUAAUUCUGAGUUACUUCUUAGACUUGACAAUUAUCCUCGUUUAAAGCGAUAUUGAACUGAAAACCUAUUAAUGUGUACCUUGCAAGAGGAGCCAGAAACACACUACAACGCUGGGAAUUAUAUGAGCUCUUUGUGCGUUUGUUUUUCUUAACCCAUACAAACUAUGCCUUUUGAGGAAUUUAUUCUCCCAUAGCGGAGUAACAUAAUAAAUUGCUAAUUUACCUUGGACAUUGCUGCCGAAUUUUGUCACUCAGAUUUCCUUUUGUGUAAUGCUUUUGGUUUAUAGUUCCUUAAGCCCACAGUAUGUCUACAAGCAUUAACAAGAUAUUUUUUAAGGUUAUGUCAUAUUGAACUAAAUUGGGGAAGUCUAACACGGAGCCUUUAGCCACUGUAUGGCUAUCAAAUUUAUUAUUGGAAAAUAAAGUUCAACAGCUGGAGCACCGAUGUUGGACACCCCUAACGUUAAUAUACCGCUCGUCCUUUAAACAUUCAUUUUAACAGCAUUAGUGAUUGUUUAAACUGUACAGUCAGAAGUAUGGACUAACGAAGGGUAAUGUAAAAUACAAAAUGUCAGACAUGUAGGCUUGCAUUUUAUGACCGAAAUAAAUUUUAAAACCGGAAUGGCCAAAAGGAAGAUCUCCAGCUCUUGGUCGAACUACAACUCCCAUAUGCCUUUGCUUCAGAUUGCCUCUAGUAGUAAUCUGAUCAAAGGGGCUUCUUCCAGCUGGCUGAAAUAUAGUGCAGUUCCAUCUUUCUAGAAUCCACUAAAGACAUGCAUGGUUUUUUUUUUACACAUUUUUAAAUAUACAAAGAUGUUUUUUUUAUAGGAGAAAUGCUUGUUAAAGAUAAAGCAUCUCUUUUAAUGAUUUUAAUAGAAAUGAGAUAAGAAGCUACAUAAUUGAACCAUCGCAUUUUAAAAAAUAAUUUCCAAACAUACCCCUGUGUAGGUUUUAGCCAAUGUAAAUGAGGUUCCCUGUGAUACAAUCUGAACAAAUUAAUCACAUUGACUUUGAGCGGAUAAUGUGCAGAAGAUUGUGGGUUAUUGGAUUCUUCCAGAGCCAGCUUAUGUCAGAAUUUUAAAGUAUACUCUUUCUCUAUCAAUCUUAUUGAUCUAUUCAUCAAUCUUUUUCUUUCUCUCUCUCUCUCUCUCU